AUUUAGUGUAUUGCAGCCAUUUAUCUAUAUAUAGAUAGGUAAUAUAUGGGACACGUCGAAUUCCAAUACACUGUGUAAAUUAAUCUUUCUGAAGAUAACGACGCAAUAAAAUGGCGGGUGUCGGUAUUGAAGAUAUUUAUUCAAGGGAAGACGGACCAGAUAAGACGAAAGUUCUGGAGGAAAAUACCGCCUUACUUCUUGAAAUUGCGCAACUAUGUAAUCGUCCGGACAGAAAGACACCGGAAGUAUUGUUCCUCCUCGGAGCAACCGGUGUGGGGAAAAGUGCAAUGGUGAACACAAUCAUCAAAGCAUUGUGUGGAAAGUACUUCCCCAAAGCCAGGACGGGUCAUGGGCUUGCUGCAACGAAAACACUUACACUUCAAUGGUUCAAGCACUGCGGGAUUGAGAAAUUUGAACUCCAAGAUUUGCAAAACGAUGCGUUCAGAAAAUGUCUGGACAAAUUUCCUACUAUAAUAGAUGCAGCCGGAAAGGGUAACGAGAAUAGCGCAGAAUUUCGUGAAAUACUGGAAUGGUGUUCGGAGGCUUCAUUCCUCCAGGCACCUCCGUUGCUUUUCUGCAAGAUCAGCAAGCGGAACAAGGAGUAGGGUGCCUGAAGCGUUUAUACACCAACCCACGCGAGGAAUGGAAGGUAACCAAGGUUGUGUUUGUCGCCAGUUGUACGCAGGCCCUUCCAGCAAAUUUGAUUGAAUGUCUCAACGAUGUCCUGAAAGCCUAUGACAGGAGGACGGGUUUGUCGAAAUUCGAUAUCGAUGUGUUCGUAGCCAUCACUAAAUUCGAUUUAGUAGAGGAGCAGAGCAGCUUUGAGAUUGAUUCUCAAGAGGACAAAAAAAUAACAAUGAAAGACUUUCUUGCACGAGAACGCGAAGUGGCGACACAUUUCAGCAUUGACGGCUCCUUAAAGCACAACAGCAUCCGCUGGGUGAGCUACGUGGACGGUCAUAGCGAGGACAACCCUUUCAUCGAGAACAUUGCUCUUAGGUUCGUGAGGCAGAUGAUGCAACCUGGACGGAGUAAACAUCAAGUGGAAAACGAGCCUUCACCUGUUGUCACUCCUCGAGUAGAGAUGACCCGGAAUGCUGAGAGGUGGAUGAAUGAAACCAAUGUGGACGUUAAACACGUAUUGAUCUUUCUCUUUGUAGCCAUCUUCAUUGCCUUCCUUUACAAGAUACUGUCAAAGUCAGUCUAAAGAUGGGGAUGUUGAAAGGGAGGCAUGGUUAAAUCGUCCAAGGUAUACGUUCAAAUUGGGUUUGCUGUAUUGGGGAUACAUAUUUUUCACGCAUAUUAAAUGAUAUGCAUUAAAAUGUACCACCAUAAACUUGUUUUAGAAAGCUCAAGGUUUUAGAGCAAUUAUUGCAAAACUGAACAUGUUUAAAUUGGAUUUUACAGAUUAUUAACAGUAAGGUUUUUGGAUAAUAGAAUACAAUAACAGCACGCAUGUUAUGCUUUUCAUAAGUUCGAAAACAUAUUUAUCACUGCAGUAGCUUUAAAAACAAGCUGUACACGUUUUGAAUCACUUCAGAAAUGUUUAACGAAGUACCUUGGAUGUCAUUUACACUGAAAUUUCUUUUUGUUUGUUGCAUUUGCUUAGAUUCACUGUAUAAACCAAUUUUAAUUGAAUUAAUUAAUUAAUUAAAUUUUGUCUCAUUGAACGGUGUGCCAAAUAUACAACAAUACAUUAUUUAUGGAACAUAUGGAACAUACACACACGUUUAUAGGCCAUACAAUUUUGUGAAAUAUCUUAAGAGAAAAACAAACAAAAAUUAAGCAUAAUUAAUAUGCAUGUGUUUUGAUUCGUAUACAUACAUAAAUAAAUCGCCUGUCAUAAUGCAUUUAAUUGGCGAAAUUGUCAAAUUUAAUUUAUUAUUGUGAGUAUCUAUUCAUAUUUCAUGCUCAAUGCGUUGUUAUUGCAUUUGUGGUGAUGAGGUACUAUUUUAAGAUAAUGUUUUUAAGUAACAAUAUACAUAAUUUACAUAUAUAAGACACUCGCUAAAUAAAUAAAGUAAAUUAUUGAAUGUGUAUUUCCAGUGUUAUAUCUAGCUCUGUAUUGUUCGCUUUUACACGAAUUGUUGCGUUUAAAGUUCCAUAGAGUGCAUACUAUAUAUAAUAAGUAUGCUUGGACUGUAACAACUGUUCGAGCGACCUAACUGUUAGUGACUUAUGAGUCCAGCCUCCAAGCUAGUAAUAUACUUACUCCUGUCCAGCUUCCAAGCUAGCCAUGGAUUUUCUUUAUCAGUCCAGCUUCAAAACUGGUAAUGGAUUUAAUUGAUUAGUCAAGCAUCCACGAUAGUAAUGGACAAAAUCAGUCCUUGUCUUUCCGACCGGAGCAUCGGGCUUUGAAAUCAGCAUCACAUCUAUUCCAUAAUGAGGAAUACAUUUUAGCCUACUUGCGCAGCUUUAUGUCUAGUGUCCAACGCCAGGAAUUUGUUGGCCAUCAUAUUGUACCUUGAGGACACCAAUCUUAGACAUGUCUUGUUCUGAUGUGCUUUACGCAGAGUGUGGUCCAUCCUGUAGACCUUGUUCGAUCGAGCAUUAUAAAACGUGAUUUGAUAAGUGUCUGAAAAUUACAUUCCAGACAUAACCCUUUUAAGCUCACUUGAGCACAAGGUGCAAAGAAAACUAUGACCGCCAAUGGGCGAGGCAGUUUUCCUUACAUGGUUAUGGCGGAAUCUUGUUAAAAAUCUAGAAGUCCCCUUUUUGUCCAAUCUUCGUGAAACUUGGUCAGAACAUUUUUUGUAAUGAUAUUUCGGUUUGAAAAUGGUUACGGUAUUUAGAAAAAAAAUAUGCGGUACAGUUUUCAGAGCACAUGGCUCUCUUGUUGUUGUUUUUUGUACAAUAUUUUCGUUGUGGAAGUGUGUCUUAUUUAUUUCUCCACGGAAGUUUUUCAUUUUGAACUUGUUUUGUUCACGCCUGGCCAAAGUAAUAAUACACAUGUCAGAAAUAUUAUUAUUUGUUUUUUCUAUAUGUGUUUACUCCGUUGUACAAUGUGUUUGUUUCAUGUAUUAGACCACAAGUAUGAGAGUGCGGGCUUCGUGUUGGCAUUCAUUUUAAGUUGUGUUUAUCAUGGUUCAGAUUAUCGGUUGUUGUUAAAUAAUUCAUGCUUUUGUGUCAAUAAAACUGGGAAGUUAAA